GCCCGGGGUGGUUUGUUCCGAGCAGUACAGAUAAAUAGUCCUGUCAAAAGGCGCAGCUCGCGGUCGUGCAGAAGGAGCCUGGGCUCAGGGCUGAGUUUUGGGCCCACGCUCUCUGGAGUUAGCGGCAGGGCUCACUCCCGCGGCUCCGUGCUGCGGGACCCUGGUCUCCAGUCCUCCUCAGACCUUGGUUCGGCCCCCCGCCUCCGCUGAAGAGCCGAAGGCGGAGGCCGGGAGACUGGCCUGGGGAAGGAAGGAACUCGGGAGUGGGCGUGGGGGACGCAGGGAUGUCCACCGGUUCGGUGAGCGACCCGGAGGACAUGGAGUUGCGGGAGCUGCAACUGGGGUACCAGGUCCCCGCCUCCAAGAGGCCGCCCCUCCGCGGCGCAGAGCGCAGCUACAUAUCACCCAGUGACAACUCCUCGGCGGAGGAGGAAGACCCCGACGGCGAGGAGGAGCAGUGCGCUCUGGACGCGGCGGGCGGCGCGGGAGGCUGCAAGAGAAAACGGCCUAGAGUAGGUGGGGGUGGCAGCGGCAAGAAGCCCCUCCCGCCCAAGGGCUCUGCGGCCGAGUGCAAGCAGUCGCAAAGGAACGCGGCCAACGCCCGAGAGCGCGCCCGAAUGCGCGUGCUGAGUAAAGCCUUCUCAAGGCUCAAGACCAGCCUGCCCUGGGUGCCUCCCGACACCAAGCUUUCUAAACUGGACACGCUCCGACUGGCUUCCAGCUACAUCGCCCACCUGCGGCAGCUACUGCAAGAGGACCGCUACGAGAACGGCUACGUUCACCCGGUGAACCUGACGUGGCCGUUUGUCGUCUCGGGACGACCCGACUCUGACAACACCAAAGAAGUUGCCGCUGCCAGCAGACUCUGUGGGACCACGGCUUAGAUCGAACUUGAACUGAACUCACUUAUUCGGAUUACUGGUUAAACCCAUGUUUAGGGGUCACAGAGAGAAGGGAGACUGCGUGCGCACCCCCGGAGAAUGCAAAGAAAGUUCCAUUGGGUUCUCCUAGACAGCCCGCCACCCCGAAAUCGAACAGGACACUUGGCGGGCGUAGGGAGCAGAG